UUUAGUUUUGAUUCGACUGUGAAGGGGAGCGCACGCCUCGUUCUUACGUAAACUCUGAACAAAACUUUCACGAGCGUUCGAAACACGAUUUCGAGUUAUGUGCGCGGACGCACGCUUCAAUAACCCUCCUCGCAACGGUUUAUGACAGUGCAAAUGUCUCCCAGCUUAGAAGGGAUCAUGUUUAACAGGAACGCGAACUUGUCAGCGCGCCGGCCGUUGCUCGCGGAACCGCAAAAGCCUAUUGUCGUUCCACCUCGAGCACCGCCUCGAGAUUAUGGUCCACAAAGGCCUUAUCCCGCACCAAGAACUUUAACGAAUGAAAAUUCAUACGAAAAUCGAAUGGACUAUUGGAAACCUUCAAAUGUCGAACUCGAAAGACGAUUGCAAGAGAGUCGCGCUCGUGAAAAGGUCAGUUACUUUCAAGACAAAGUGACUCCACCAGAAUUGAGUUUGGAUCGCAGAGAAGCAGAACUAGUUUUUAGAUUUGAUCCUCAAGCCUCAGCCGAAUAUUUAACUAACCAAUAUAGUGCGCCUGUAGUGCAGUAUGCAAAACCGUCGGUGCCAGCCAACGGGUUUACUAACCGUUUACCGGAGCGAGACGGACCUUUUGUGUUCGGAGUUCAUAGUCCAAGUCAAUUCCCUAUUUCGCGGCGGGAUGAUGACGACUACGAUUAUUCUGAAGUAGCGGAAGAAAACAAUCGCGCUGUGAUACGAGACGAUGAUUCUGGAGAUUUGAAUUGCUGUGAUAAAAUGAACGAGUGGACUGUCCGUGACAAAAAGGGUAAACGGACUUUAAAUAGGAUGUUUCAAAUUAAAGAUAGAAGGAAAGUGAAAUGUGGUAAGAAGGAGAAGAUAAAGUGUGUGUUAGUUGGUGAUGGAGCUGUGGGAAAGAGCUCUUUGAUAGCAGCAUAUGCUCAGGAUACGUUUAGAGAAGAAUAUCAGCCAACAGCCUACGACACAUUCAAUGGUAAGUUUUAAGUUCCAAUUUAUAAA